AUGCAAAGUAUCUUAUUACUUACUCUUAUUAUAUAUUCUUUAGCCGAUGAUGUCUAUUUCUAUAAAGAUGGAGGAUUAGAACAAGGUUUUGGAAUAGUUAAUCCAAAUCAAAUUGGUAUUUCUUGUGUACAAAAAAAUGGAAAUGGUUGGAUUGGUGUUAAUAUGUUAGAUGGACAAUAUUUUGCUCUUACUUCAAACAACACUCUCUCUACCCAAGUCUCUGGAAAAAAUGAUUAUUAUAAAACCUUAAAAUUUACUACUCGUUAUGAUCUUGAUGAUCUUGAUGACAUCCCAUUAAAUAUAAAGAUAUUUAAUGAAGAUUUUAACACAUUAUUUAAUUAUGGUGAUAUUAAUGCUAUCAAUGGAUAUACUGUUAAAAUUAAACAUAACAAUGAUAGAGAAAUUUCUAUUAAAUUAGAUAAUUUCAACUUAGAUAAUAAAAUUGCUACUAUCAUUUUUACUAGAGGAGCAAGUAGUAGUGAUAAAACAACUCAACUAUUAUUUAAAGAUAUUCGUCUUGACACUAAUGAUGACCAAACUGAUACUUAUGAAAAUGGAGCUUUUUCAUUCCUUUCUACAUUUUUUGUAGGAAUUCUUCUUCUUAGUUUAUUCUAA